CUUCCUGCCUGGACUCCGGUGUUCCGGUUUUCUUCUUUGCUGUGGAUGAGUUGAAUGCUUUCUUUACAGACUCAGACAUAUAUGAUUUAUCAUGGCUGCAACUACGGCUGGAGCUGCAGAACCUCCUGGAUUAGAAACCCAACACAGAGAAAUUGAAGCUCUUCUCCAGAAUCAUGAUCUCCGCGCAGGCGACAGUUGGUAUCUCCUGGAAAGACGGUGGUUUGAGCAGUGGAAGGAGUACGUGGAAACUGGAGACCAGAACUCCUCCUCCUUCCCCGGGCAGAUCGACAAUACGGAGCUCUUCGAGGAGCUGGAGUCGUACCGCUUGAAGGAGCGCCUGGUGGAGAACGAGGACUUCGUGCUGAUACCGGCCGAGGCGUGGCACAAGCUGCUGGCCUGGUACGGCGUCGUGGCAGAUCAGCCUGCCCUGGAGCGCAAGGUGGUGGACCUGCCCAGCACCGUCAAAGUGGAGGUGUACCCGGUGGAGAUCUUCCUGUGUCUCCACAGCGACAUGGAGAACGUCCUGACCGCACAGUUCAGCCGAGUGGACUCGAUAAAUGUGAUCCAGAAGACGAUGCGGAAGCAGUUCGAGGUGCCGGAGAGCGCGGAGACUCGGCUGUGGAUGAAGAGCUCGGAGACGAGCUGCGAGAGGCUCCGCAACGUCCACAUGACCGUCCUGGACUCCUGCCUCAGCUCUGGCAUGACUGUUAUCAUGGAGCUGAGGAACGCAGACGGUACCUGGCCGAGCUCCAGGCCCCAGAUCAUGAGGAACUCUGUAGAGGAGCAGGACUCUUAUAAGGGCCAGCCUGGCGUUUGUGGGCUCACUAAUCUGGGGAACACGUGCUUCAUGAACUCCGCUCUGCAGUGCCUGAGCAACACGCCCCCCCUGACGGAGUACUUCCUGCGUAGCGCGUACCUGGACGAGCUCAACUUCACCAACCCGCUGGGCAUGAAGGGCGAGAUCGCCGAGGCCUACGCCGACGUCGUCAAGCAGAUGUGGUCGGGGAGGCACUACUCCGUGGUGCCCCGCAUCUUCAAGACCAAGGUGGGCCACUUUGCCUCGCAGUUCCUGGGGUACCAGCAGCACGACUCCCAGGAGCUGCUGUCCUUCCUGCUGGACGGCCUGCACGAGGACCUCAACCGCGUCAAGAACAAGGAGUACAUCGAGCUGCGGGACGCCGACGGCCGGCCCGACCAGGAGGUGGCCGAGGAGGCGUGGCGUAACCACCGACGGCGGAACGACUCCGUGAUCGUGGACACCUUCCACGGCCUGUUCAAGUCCACGCUGGUCUGUCCCGAGUGCCACAAGGUGUCCGUCACCUUUGACCCCUUCUGCUACCUGAGCGUGCCCCUGCCCGUCAGCAAGGAGAGGGUGAUGGAGGUGUUCUUCGUCUCUCUCGACCCUGCGGCAAAGCCCGUGCAGCAUCGCUUGGUUGUGCCCAAGGCUGGCAAAGUGUCUGAUCUGUGUGCUGCGCUCUCUCUAGCAACAGAUAUCCCAGCCAAUCAGAUGGUGGUGGCUGACGUGUUCAAUCAUCGAUUUUAUAAGAUCUACCAAGCAGACGAAUACCUCAGCUGCAUCCUGGACCGAGACGAUAUCUUUGUGUACGAGCUGAGCCGGGGCUCGGUGGAGGAGGACGGGGACGAGGUGGUGCUGGCCCUCUACCUGCGGGAGCGCUCCCACUACAGGGACUACGGCUCCGGCAGCAGCAGCUACGGGACGUCCCUGUUCGGCCACCCCCUGCUCAUCUCCACCCCGCGCGGCCAGUGCUCCCAGGAGAGCCUGUACCAGCUGUUCCUGCAGCGUCUGGCGCGCUACGUCCGACCGCUCGAUCCCUCGGAGGAGGUGGAGGAAGAGGAGGAGGCGGAUGACGAGGAGGAAGAACUGUACAAGACGCAAACCAACGGCGUGAGCGACGAUGAGGGUGAAGACGAGGAUGAGAAACCAGGACCUUCCAAGAGAGAGGGGGAGGGGGAGGGUCAGGGGCAGGGGGAGGGGUCUGCAUCCGAGGUGAACCAAUCCAACGACUCGACGGAGCCGGCAGAAGCGGGCGCCACCAACAGCGUCGGGAAGGCGGGGUGCAGCCGAGAGGAUGCCCCGCCCCCCUCGGCAGGCGACGGCGUCGUCGACGCGGACGCAGACGUUCCGAACGCAGCCGACGGGACGCUGGCGGCCGGACGGCAGCCCUCGGACGAAGACGAGGAAGAGGAGGAGGAGGAGGAAGAUGGGGAAGAUGGGGAGGAAGAGAAGGAGCAGACCACGCCCCACAGCCCUCAGCCCAACGAGCGACUCCCCAAGAGGAAGUGCUGCCACGCCAAGCGCAGGAAGCAGCUGUUCGCCAUCCAGGCGGUGAACUCCAACGGCACCACCGAGAGGGGGAUGGGGGAAGGAGGCUGCGCCUUCUCCUUCACCUCACAACCCUACGUGGCCAUCGACUGGGAUCCUGACAUGAAGAAGAAGUAUUACAAUGAGAACGAGGCUGAGAAGUACGUGAAGCACCAGAGCAUGGAGGUGCCGCACAAGCAGACGACGGUGCAGCUGCAGCAGUGCAUAGAGCUCUUCACCACCGUGGAGACCCUGGAAGAGGAGAACCCCUGGUACUGCCCGACCUGUAAGAAGCACCAGCUGGCCACCAAGAAGCUGGACCUGUGGUCUUUGCCUGAGGUUCUCAUCAUCCAUCUCAAGCGCUUCUCCUACACCAAGUACUCCCGCGAGAAGCUGGACACCAUAGUGGACUUCCCCCUCAGGGAACUGGACUUCUCCGGCUGCCUGCUGAAGAAGACGGGGACGGACGGGGAGCCCCCGAGCCGAUACGACCUGAUCGCCGUUUCGAACCACUACGGCGGCCUCCGAGACGGACACUAUACCAGUUAUGCAAGAAACAAGGAUAACGGUCAGUGGUACUACUUUGACGACAGCAAGGUGACUUAUGCAAGAGAGGAACAAAUCAUGACCAAUGCUGCCUACCUCUUGUUCUACCAACGACAAGACAAGAUUCGCCAGCCUACCCUCCCCACCCCCCGGGACGGUUCGUCCUCUCCCUCCCAGUCUGCCAAUGAGGUCACUUCCCCUCCCCAGGACGGAGUAGAUGGAGCCACUUCCUGUGUAAACAUGGAAACGGAUUGAAGCAGCCGUCUUGUUUUUUUUUUUAAUUUUUAAUUUUAAGUUUUUUUUAUUUUGUUUUGUGUUUUUCAUUUCUAAUCCUUCCUUCCCCUUUUGUUUUUUGUAU